ACCUUCUUCCACAAGGAAACGUUGCUGUUUUUCUCUCUUUCUCAGAGCUUUCCUCUUCUUAUUAUUCUUCUUGAUCGUUAUAAGCUUUCUUCAACCUUUCGUCUUAAAAACCAUCUUUCAUUUGUUAUUAUUAUCUAUUUCUGUACUCUAGUCUUUGUCAGAGCUUUUGGUAUCCAAGUGAAAAUGAAGAAAGUGGUGGUGAAGUUGGAUUUACACGAUGACAAAGCAAAGCAAAAGGCUUUGAAAAAGGUUUCUACCCUUACAGGUAUUGAUUCCAUUUCCAUGGACAUGAAGGAAAAGAAGUUGACAGUGGUUGGAGAUGUGGACCCUGUGGAAAUAGUGAACAAGUUGCGCAAAACUUGGUUCACUGAAAUAGUAUCUGUAGGGCCGGCAAAAGAAGAAAAGAAAGAUGAUGGCAAGAAAGAUGAUGGCAAAAAAGAUGAUGGCAAAAAAGAUGGGGGUAAAAAAGAUGAAAAGGACCAGAUUGCUGAACUUAUCAAGGCCUACAAAGCUUACAAUCCUCACAUGACCCAGUACUACUAUGUGCACAGUAUGGAGGAAAAUCCAAAUGCUUGUGUUAUUUUUUAGUUUUGAUGCUCUGGGGUUGGCAUAUUUAGACCUUUAUUUAUUUAUUUAUUUGUUGGAAUGAAAUUGGGACAAACCAUGAAAAUGGUUAGUCCUUUGUAUAUAGUUCUUGCUAUGAAAGAUUGGAACUUUCAAGUUCUGGUCUAGAGCCUUAUAGAGUUGAUAAA